AUGCGGGGAAGACAGUCAAAACAAAACAAUGCAGUGGAAGGAUCUUCAACACGAAUGCAAGAAAGGGCAGAAAAGUUCGUUUGGUUCAGAGGAACUCUCCGUAAGGAAAGGCAAGCAUCAAACAGCUGGGCCUUUAGCGUUGGUCCAGUGUCUUUGGAUGCACUACCAAUUGCGUUCAUGACCUCUACUAAAUACUCGGGAGUAGGAGCUGUAAUCGAAUACGCAAUUGUCCAUCUUAAGGUAGAAAACAUUUUAGUCAUUGGCCAUAGUGCAUGUGGAGAUAUUAAGGCUCUCAUGGAAUUCCCAGAAGAUAGUUCUAAAUCAAUUGACUUUAUAGAGGAUUGGGUGAAAACUGGAUUGCCUGCCAAAGCAAAAGUGCUAGUUGAAUAUGGGGAUAAAACUUUUGAAGAGCAAGUCAAAUACUGUGAGAAUGAAGCUGUGAAUGUAUCACUAGCCAAUUUGCUUAUGUACCCAUUUGUGAGCGAUGCUUUGGUGAAUAAGACUUUGGCAUUGAAGGGAGGUUACUAUGAUCUCAUGAAAGGAAGAUUUGAGCUCUGGGGACUCAACUUCUGUCUUUCUGAUCCUUGUUAUAUAUGA